AUGGCGACUUCAUCGAAACGAGUUGCUAAUCAGCAACAGCAACAAUCAGUACCAGAAGACGACGACUACGAUGAAUAUAUUUAUUAUCCAUACUAUCCAAAAUCACGACCAGACGGUGGCUAUGAAUAUGUACAAGAGCCAAAUAAAUCUGAUGGUCAUGAAAAAUCAACACAACACUACUAUGACGAAAAUGUACCGAAUAAUUCCACGCAUAAUCAAAGAACAUUAUUAGUUCAAUAA